GUUCGCCUGCUGCUUCCACCUUCCGCCCGGCUCCGCCGGCUUUCGGCGCGACCGUCGCCGCUUCCCAUCGUUGCGCUGCCCCUGCGGCGCCCGAGCCCGCAAUGUCGGGCCCCAACGGGGAUCUGGGCAUGCCGGUGGAGGCGGCCACGGAAGGGGAGGACGACGGUUUCGAGGAAGCAGAGUACGCCGCCAUCAACUCCAUGUUGGACCAGAUCAACUCCUGCCUGGACCACCUGGAGGAGAAGAACGACCACCUCCACGCCCGCCUCCAGGAGCUGCUGGAGUCCAACCGGCAGACACGCCUCGAGUUCCAGCAGCAGCUCGGGGAGGCCACUGAUGAUGCCAGCCCCUAGGCUGCAGGAGUCCCUGGGGCAGGCCCCAGCCCUGUGUCCCUGGGCCAGGCUCUGCCUGGGCACUCACCUUCUGGCCUCAACACCUUGAAGACUGGCCUUUGGUCCCCUUGUGGGCCCGCCCCUACUGCCCAGCGUCCCUCCUGGGCCCAGGUAUGGGCUGGUCACCCACCCACCAGUCUGCCCACCUCCCGGGCAUGCCCCACUCUGUCGAGGAUCGAAUCCCUACAUUAAACGGGUCUCCCACACCA